GAGUCUUUGUGAGGUCACCUUGACCUUUGACCACCAAAGACAAAAUCAUUCAUGUUCCCUGAUCUUUGGCGAACCCUUGACUUUUCAUCAGGUCAAGAUUUUACUUUCCCUAAUACUUUGGUUCAUGAUAUUCCCAUCUGCUGUAUUUUGUGUUCAGUGGCAGUUAGCAAGUGUUAGCAUGUUACCAUGAUGUUGGUGAACAUGCUAACAUCAGAGCGUAGCAUACAGAGUACAGCAUCACACAGCUGCUAGCAUUGAUUUAAUAAGGUCACACUUUAGCCUUUAGCCUUUAGCCUGUUUGUUGUGGAUGAAAAACCUGGGACCAACUCUAUCAAACACGUCUUUGAGAAGGUGAGUUUAGGUUCAUGUGUGAAAAUACAUCACACAAAUAAAGGAAAAUGGAUUUCAAAACAAUGAAGUGCAGUGGGAGGGGCUAACUCAGAGAGAUCAUUAGAUGGGGAUGAGAUUUUAUUUAAUAAAUUUAGUUGAUAAAGAAAUGUUUUGUCAAUAAGGAUAGGGUCCAGCAUUGACAUUAUACUAAUGAUCUCAGUCUCUUUCAGCACUGUAUGUGACAGUCAUAUAGCAGCAUCAGUACAUGCACAUUUAUUUUUAUAGAGCGUCAAUCUGUAUCGGACGAUGGCCCUUGUAAAACGGAGAUAACUGCCACUGAUGCACAAAACGGUCAAUAUUUCCCAUCUUUUAAAUUUGAUCGGAAAGAAUCCACAAAUACUGACUCAUGUCCCAGAUGUGGCAACACACAUAUCACUUCCCAUCAUGAUGACACAGUAGCACAUUAAAGCAUCUCCCCUACUUUCUGUUUAACAGGAUGAAAAGCGCUUGUUUGAUCUUGACACCUAAGUACCAGCUGGCAUCACGCAUGAACGGCGUCUUUCCUUUCAUUUGAACAAAUGCUCUGGUCGUUCGUUCGGCCAAUGUGCCGGAGGCCGUGUCUAAUGGGUUGAGAGUAACAGGUGGAUUUGGCAGAGUGGUAAAAACCGGUCCACCUGUGCAGACCCGUCCUCCUCCACCUCUUACAGUAUAUAAGACCCCACAGCGGGAGAGACGGGUCAGAUACAGACACCAGCAACAAGCAGAGGAACUACCUGCGCAGAGGAAAGGAAGAAGAAACGGUUCUAACCAUGAAAAGCAUCCACUCCCUGGCUGGCAUCCUCCUGGUCCUCGGCUUUGUCCAGAGCAGCUGGCAGGUUCCUCUGCACGAGGUUGAUGACAGCUCCAGUUUCGACGACACACUAGCCGAGGAGCCGAGGGAGCUGUCGAGCAUGAAGAGACACUCCGAGGGAACUUUCUCAAACGACUACAGCAAAUACCUGGAGGACAGGAAGGCGAAGGACUUUGUCCGGUGGCUGAUGAACAACAAAAGGAGCGGCGCUGCAGAAAAGCGACACGCCGAUGGGACCUUCACCAGUGACGUGAGCUCCUACCUCAAGGACCAGGCAAUCAAAGACUUUGUUGCCAAGCUCAAGUCUGGACAAAUCAGAAGAGAAUCUGAGCAGGACAGGUGGGGGGAAGCGCUCAGCAGGAGGCAUGUAGAUGGAAGCUUCACCAGUGAUGUGAACAAGGUGCUUGACUCCAUGGCCGCGAAGGAAUAUUUACUCUGGGUCAUGACCUCCAAGCCUUCAGGGGAGAGGUAAAGCCGAGUCACGUGACCUGAGGUGUGUUUUUACCCAUCAGGCUCGGUGUGAUUGUGGUUUUUCUUUCUUUUGCAGUAAGAAAAGACAAGCGGACCAGUGAGCCUCUCCUCAAGGAAGCCCCUCAAAGCCAUACACAGGAGGAACAGGAAGCCAUACUGCUUUGCAUGUUGUAAUAUCAACACUAUUUAAAUUCUUUUUUUUUUUUUUUACUUCAUUGCUGUAUGUGACGCAAAGUGUUUAUAGUGCACAGGAGAGAAGAUGACGAAUCCAGGGCGUAUUUUUUCUACAAAUUUAAAUUAUUUUCUAUAUUUUUAAGAUGAAAACAAGAACACAAAAAGUGAAAUCUCAGGAAGGCAAGUAGAAAAAAAACACGUGUAGUGCAGUUGGUUUUCAUUGUAAAUUAUUAAUCCGCUCUGCAAAAAUAAAGAUUUUCAUUGCGUGUUUGUGGCAUCAGUCUCAUUUGCAAACUCAGAGCCUCCUCUCUUCUGAUUGGCUCACAGACCUGUUGUUACUAGAGCUGCAGAGAGACGCCUGAGAGAGGAGAUGUAAAACUACACUGAGAUGGUUUUUUGGUUCUUAAAACCACAAAUAUAUCUUCUUAUGGAUCAACACUUCAAAUAAAACACAGACAAAGUGUAAAUAUGGAGAUUUACAUGUUUUUUGAGCCUCUUUGCUGUAAAUAUACUUCAGUAAAUAUACUUGGUUACUUUUUUACCCCUCCAUUUUACAACCAAUUUUACUGAAGGAAAACUGUGAAUGCAGGAUGUUAACGUAUUUUUACCUCAUAU